CCCACCCAAAUAGAAUUAAAUUACUCAGUAUGAAAAUACCUCCCCUGGAACUAACAAUCCUACCAUGCCAAAAGUGUGACCACCUGGAAACGUACCAUUGACGGCAAUGGGUGGACUUAAAAAUGAAAGAAAAACUGAGAAAUUGCGCUUAUAGACCCCAAUCGCAUCCUCUAUUCUCUCUUCUUCGUAAUAUACCUUCGAAGGCGACCCAGGGCAUGAGCACCUAGUCCAACGCAUCCACCCAAUCGUGACUGACAACGCCGGCCGCCGUCUAGGUUCACCACCGUGCCCCGCCUCCCGCCUUCUCAGAAGCUCAACCCACAUCUCCGCUGAGCCGCCUAGCGUGUCUGACUCUGAUUGUCGCUCGGCCGCUGAAGUGUUGAUUUGCUGAAGCAGGAUCGGCCCUGAUAGUCUCUGGUCAAGAAUUGACCUACCAUAGUUUUGAAGAAAAGUUUAAUCUUUCCAAAAUUUAAACCUAUCAUCAUCAAGAGAAAUAGGAAACAGGGGAAGGAAGGAGAGGUGGGGAUAGGUAAAAUGGGGCUGUUUGAUUUGGAGAAGCACUUCGCCUUCUACGGAGCAUACCACAGCAACCCGGUGAAUAUCUUCAUUCACAUGCUCUGCGUCUGGCCAAUUUUCUUCACCAGUCUUGUCCUCCUCUACUUCACUCCCCCAAUUCUCAACGCCUCUCCAGUUCAGCUUUGGGGUCAUACUGUCCUGGUGUUCAACUAUGGCUUCUUGCUGACCUUAAUUUAUGGCCUCUUCUAUGUGGGUUUGGACAUCAAGGCUGGCUCUCUCGGUGCUCUUCUUUGCUUUCUCUGCUGGAUCUCAAGCAGUCGCCUUGCUCUUGUACUUGGUUUCUCCUUAGCCUGGAAGGUAGUUCUUGCAGCUCAAUUGUUCUGUUGGACAGGACAGUUCAUAGGGCACGGUGUGUUUGAGAAACGAGCUCCAGCUUUGCUGGACAAUCUCACACAAGCAUUCCUCAUGGCUCCUUUCUUUGUCCUGUUUGAGGCUCUUCAGACUUUCUUGGGCUAUGAACCUUAUCCGGGCUUUCAUGCCCGUGUUGAAGCUAAGAUAAAAGCUCUAAUUGAGGAAUGGAAAGAAAAACAAAAGCAGCACAAGAAAAUUUCUUGAAUGAAAAAUGAUAUAUUUUCUUGUUUAGAACUUUCUGUUUGCAUUACUGAAACUGGGUUGCAUACAUUACUUUCUGUAAACCCCUUUAUACUCCAUCUGUCCCUAAAUAAAUUUCUCAAUUCCUUUUUAUGAAUGUACAUAAAUAAAGUUUCAUUUCCGUAUUUGAUAAAUAAAUUUAUAAUAAUUUAUUUUACUAUUAUAUGAGUGAAAGGAUGUGAAAGAAAAAAAU